CGUACAUGCGUCACCGCGGGAUGGCUCUCGGAUGGCCCUCGGCGACUUACGUCAAAUGACGUAAGGCAACAUGGCGUCGGCGGGAUGCGUUCGCAAAAGAAGGGCUCGAGGAGAGAAGGAGGAGGAAGAGGAGGAGAAGGAAGAAGAGGAGGAGGAGAAGGAGGUGGCAGAAAAACAUGAAGGGUCUGAGGAGGAAGGAGACAAAGAGCAAGAGCGUUGGGUUGGGCCCCUCCCUGGGGAGGCUGUGCAGGCGAAAAAGAGAAGAGUUCUUGAGUUUGAACAUGUUUACCUUGAUAAUCUUCCCAGUGCUUCAAUGUAUGAGCGUAGUUAUAUGCACAGAGACGUCAUCACUCAUGUAGUAUGUUCUAAAACAGAUUUCAUAAUAACAGCCAGCCAUGAUGGACAUGUCAAAUUCUGGAAGAAGGUAGAAGAAGGAAUUGAAUUUGUUAAACAUUUUCGUAGCCAUUUAGGUGUUAUUGAAGGCAUUGCAACUAGCUCAGAAGGGGCGCUGUUCUGCUCUGUUGGGGAUGAUAAAGCAAUGAAAGUUUUUGACGUGGUGAACUUCGACAUGAUCAACAUGUUGAAACUUGGCUACCAUCCGGGCCAGUGUGAGUGGGUCUAUUGCCCAGGAGAUGCUAUCUCUUCAGUUGCAGCCUCUGAGAAGAGUACUGGAAAAAUAUUUAUAUACGAUGGUCGAGGCAAUAAUCAGCCGCUUCACAUUUUUAAUAAACUACAUACAUCGCCUCUUACUCAGAUACGACUGAAUUCUGUUUUUAAAAUCAUAGUAUCUUCUGACAAGUCUGGAAUGAUUGAAUAUUGGACUGGUCCUUCCCAUGAAUAUAAAUUUCCUAGGAAUGUGCACUGGGAAUAUAAAACAGACACUGAUUUAUAUGAAUUUGCUAAAUGUAAAGCCUACCUAACCAGUAUGAGUUUCUCCUCUGAUGGCAAAAAAAUGGCUACUAUUGGCUCUGACAGAAAAGUCCGGAUUUUCAGAUUCUUAACAGGAAAACUUAUGCGAGUCUUUGAUGAAUCUUUGAGUAUGUUUACUGAGCUACAGCAGAUGAGACAGCAGCUCCCUGAUAUGGAAUUUGGACGACGUAUGGCUGUGGAGAGGGAAUUGGAAAAGGUGGAUGCAGUAAGGUUAAUUAACAUCAUUUUUGAUGAAACUGGACAUUUUGUGCUCUAUGGGACAAUGUUGGGAAUUAAAGUUAUCAACGUGGAAACAAAUCGAUGUGUGAGAAUUCUAGGUAAACAGGAGAAUAUCAGAGUUACGCAACUGGCUCUGUUCCAGGGAGUGCCAAAGAAACAUCGGGCUGCUGUUACUGUUGAGAUGAAAGCAUCUGACAAUCCUGUUCUCCAGAACAUUCAAGCAGAUCCAACAAUAAUCUGUACUGCCUUUAAAAAGAACAGAUUUUAUGUGUUUACGAAACGUGAACCAGAAGACACCAAGAGUGCAGAUUCUGAUAGAGAUGUCUUCAAUGAGAAACCAUCUAAAGAAGAAGUCAUGGCAGCCACCCAAGCUGAAGGGCCCAAAAGAGUUUCUGAUAGUGCCAUUAUUCACACAAGCAUGGGAGAUAUCCAUGUCAAACUGUUUCCUGUUGAGUGCCCCAAAACAGUAGAAAACUUCUGUGUACACAGUAGGAAUGGUUACUAUAAUGGACAUACCUUUCACCGGAUCAUAAAGGGUUUUAUGAUUCAGACUGGUGAUCCUACUGGCACUGGCAUGGGAGGUGAAAGCAUCUGGGGAGGAGAAUUUGAAGAUGAGUUCCAUGCAACUUUACGACAUGAUAGGCCGUAUACACUUAGUAUGGCCAAUGCAGGACCAAACACCAAUGGCUCACAAUUCUUUGUAACAGUAGUACCAACGCCAUGGCUGGAUAAUAAGCACAGCGUAUUUGGAAGAGUCACUAAAGGAAUGGAAGUUGUUCAGAGAAUUUCAAAUGUCAAAGUUAAUCCAAAAACAGAUAAACCCUAUGAAGAUGUAAGCAUUAUUAAUAUCACUGUGAAAUAAUAGUAAUAUUAAUUUUAAAAAACCACCUCAGGGACUUCAGCUAUGUGGAAAUCUUAAUUAUUUCUGGUAUAAAAAGUUCAGAACAAAUUUUAGUCAUGCCUUCAAAUGCUCUGAAAAUUAUUUUUAAUGUUUUUAAUAAAAGUAAAAAACCCAACCAUAUUAAAACAAUUAUAUUUUGUUUCCUGUAUAUAUGUCUUAUGUGGAUAUUAAUUGAUUUCCAGGCUUUUUUGAAUGACUUGGCAUGGGAAGCACGUGCUAUUCCAUUUUCAUAUUGUUAUGUUACUAUUACAGUUGGGGACAAAACAUUUUACUAAGAUUUGUUUACCAACUCACCUUGUGAAAUGGUCUUCUUGUAGGUGACUUCACAAAAAAGUAAAUAAAAAUUUGAUAUUUCAGAUCUGAUUAAAAUAUUUUAGUAAUGUUUGGUGUGUCAAGCAGGAUUGUUAGUGAAUAUAGAUUCAUCUACAGUUGGCCAAACUAUAGUUUUAUGUGGAAAUAUUGAGUUCAGUAUUUAAAAAACAUGAAAUCUUAGUAAUAACACUGUGAACUUAUUGAGUAGAGAAUUAUUUGCAUUUUAAAUGUAACUCUACUCAACAUUCUAUCUUAUCAGAUAUCUCCUUUCUAUAACCCAUUAUUUCAUUUUGUGGGAUGAAAAGAUAGGGCAAACUGAAAAGCUAGCACAUUUUUAUGAUCUUUGAAUUAGCUCAGUACAAUAAAUGUCUUAAUAUAAGAUCCUUGUUAUAAGAAGACAUUAGCUGGGAAUGUUAGAUUUCUUGAGAGUGGUUUCUUUAAGUCUGUAUUUUCAAAGCAUGUACAAAA